CCGAGCCUCCUCUCUCCUCCCUCCCUCCCGUCCAUGCUGCAGGCGGUGCGGUACCUGCUGGGCUCCCCCGGCGCGACGGGCUUCGGCUCCAAGUCGACGGCCGAGGACGUGACGGCCGCGUGCCCGGACCUCGCCGCGCUCACCGCCAUCAUCACCGGCGCCACGUCGGGCAUCGGGGCCGAGACGGCGCGGGUCCUCGCCAAGCGCGGCGCGCGGGUGGUCAUCCCGGCGCGGAGCGUCAAGGCCGCCGAGGACAUGCGCGCGCGCAUCCGCGCCGAGUGCCCCGGCGCCGACGUCCUGGUGCUGCCGCUCGACCUCAGCUCGCUCGCCUCCGUCCGCGCCUUCGCCGACCGCUUCCUCGCGCUCGGCCUCCCGCUCCACCUCCUCAUAAACAAUGCCGGCAAGUUCUCGCACGGGCAGCUGGCGCUCUCGGAGGACGGUGUCGAGAUGACCUUCGCCACCAACUACCUCGGGCACUUCCUGCUGACGAAGCUGCUGCUGGGGCGGAUGGCGGAGACGGCGGCGGCGACGGGCGUGCAGGGCCGCAUCGUGAACGUGUCGUCCAGCGUGCACGGCUGGUUCGCCGGCGACUGGGCCGAGUACCUGGACCUCGUCACCCGACGCAAGAUUGCCUACGACGCGACGCAGGCGUACGCGGUGUCGAAGCUCGCCAACGUGCUGCACACCAGGGAGCUCGCCGCGCGCCUGCAGGAAACGGGCGCCAACGUGACGGUGAACUGCGUCCACCCGGGCAUCGUCAGGACCCGCCUCAACCGCGACCGCGACGGCAUCCUCACAGAUCUGGUGUUCUUGCUGCUGUCCAAGCUGCUCAAGACGAUCCCUCAGGCUGCGGCGACCACGUGCUACGUGGCGGCCCACCCGAGGGUGGCCGGCGUGUCCGGCCGCUACUUCGCCGACUGCAACGAGGCGCUGCCGUCGCCGGCCGCCACCAACCGCCACGAGGCCGCGCGACUCUGGCGCAUCUCCGAGGCCAUCGUCGACGGGACGGCAGCCACCUGACAUUCCCGGCGCACACAGCAGCAAUGCCAACCUGAUCGCGGCAUGCCGGACGUCUGUGCAAUACUUCAUGGAUAUAUACAAGCAUUAGUAUACUCCAGCAACUAUAUAUAUA